AUGUCGGAAUAUGAAGCUAAAUCAAGAUUUUACAAAGAUUAUUGUUUUUUAAUGCAUAAUAAUUAUUUAAUUUUUUGUUUGUUUGUUUUGCAUUUACAAACAACACAUAAUGAUUCUAAUUUAGAUAAAAAACAAAAGCCUAACAGAAAACGUCCAGUUUUUCUAUUUAUUCAUGGUGAAUCAUAUGAAUAUGGAAGUGGCAAUGCAUAUGAUUUAUCUGUAUUGGUUAGUUAUAGUGAUACAAUUGGCAUUACAUUGAAUUAUCGAUUAGGAUUAUUAGGUUUUCUUUUCACCAAUAAUCAUGCAGUCAGUGGAAAUUAUGCACUUUAUGAUUUACAUGCUGCUAUCAUGUGGAUUAAAACAAACAUUGCAAGUUUCAAUGGUAAUCCAAAUGAAAUCACACUGAUUGGUUAUGGUCAUGGAGCAGCUUUAUUACAUUUAUUUUCUUUAUCAAAAAUGUCUCAAGGUACAACUAGUACUGGAAUUAAACGUAUCAUACUACUUAAUGGAUCUGGAUUCGCACCAUGGUCAACAUCACAUCAAACAUUAUCAAUUUUAACCGAAUUAUUAAAACACUUGAAUAUAACUGAACAAAAUUUAAAAAAUGCCACUUCCCUAAAUGAAAUUAAACAUCAACAACAUCAUAACACUGACUAUUUAAAAAGACAUAAAUCAUUGUUUGCACAAACUGAUUAUUCAAAUUCAUUGGAAACAUUGAAUGAUUCAAAGGUUACUAAUAAUGUUGUUAAUUUAACAAGAAAUAAUAUGCCAUUACAAUUAAUGAAGCAAUUAGUUUUGAUUUUGAAAAAUUCCACUGUUACAUUUUUAAUGAAUUUACAAGAAAAAUUAACUCAAUCAUUUAUAACAACACGUUUAGGACCGGUAAUAUCGAAAUAUUUAUUUCCAAGCUAUUUAUUGAAUAAUAGUUUAAUUAAACAAACAGAAUCUGUUCAUCGUUAUCGUAAAGAGCGACAACAACAUCAAUGGUAUGAAAAAAAGUAUUCACAUAUUUUCGGUAAAUCCAAUGAAUUGAAUGGUCGAAUGUUAGCUCAUCAUGUAGAGACAAGUUUAUUUAUGAAUGUUGAUUUAUUGAUUGGAUGGACUGAAGCACCAGCAUCUAGCUUAUACUACUCACAUGCUAAUCUACAUAAAAUGCCUUAUAGUUUAGUGAUACAACAAUUGGUCAAUGAAAUAUAUCCUUAUAAUCAAGAUGUAAUUAAAGAAAUUAUUGAAUAUGCUUAUUGUUAUUCUGGGAAAUUUCAUUUUGAUGACAAUAAGAAUGAUAAUGAUGUUAGUGAUAAUUCAGAAAAACAAUUCAAGGAGAUUGACUGUAAUUGGAAAAUUCUAGAUAUAUUAUCUGAUGGAUUGUACAUUGUACCAAUUAUACAAACAUUGAAAAUGCAUAGUGAUCAUUACACAAAUCAAGAGAUUCACAAACGACUACAGGAUCCUUCAUCAUCAUCCUUAUCCUCAUCAUUGCCUUCAUUAUUAUUCACAACAGAUCAUCCAUCAACAACUCGUUCAAAAGAACAAAUUAACAAUAAUAAUAGUAAAAACAGAAAAUCAACUUAUGCAUUAUUUUUCAAUUAUAAAACAAUUCAACAAAUGACAACUAAUAGAAAUACUACUGACAAACAAUUACAUAUGAGUAGAAUCGGUUUCGGUGAUGAUUUACCAUAUUUACUCGGUGCACCAUUGAUUAGUCCGAAUCAAUUAGAACCAUUCUCUAAUGAAUAUACUGAAAAGGAUAAAAAAAUUUCUGUUAAUUUAAUGAAUUAUUUAACAAAUUUUAUGCAUAACGGUGAUCCAAACAAAGAAUUUAUUGGUUAUAGAAAUAAAAAGACACCAGUUCAUUGGCCGGAAUACACUUAUGAUUCGAAGAAUUAUUUAUAUGUUGGUGAUGAUUCUCGAAACAAACAAUCAUUGCAUCCAAUCAAAAACCAAAUUCGUAAUCUAUGGGGAAAUAAAGAAAAUGAACAAGAUUUAUUUACAAUUAAACAACUUUAUGAAACUGAUAAACAUAAACUAUGGUCUACAUUAUUUCCAAGUUUAACAUUCAUGAAUAAAAAACCAAAACAGUACAGUAAAUUGAAUCAGGAUGAAAAGAAUAUUGAAAAAUAUUCAAAUAAACAACGAUCGUUUAAUAACUAUUUUUAUUUUCUACAAUUAAACGAAACCGAUUGGUGGUGGUCAAAUGGACAAAUGAACAAAAUGCAAACUAUGUCAAAUUUAUUUCCAAAUAAUAAUAAUAAUAAUAAUCAAAAUAUAGAAAAUUUAUUAAAUAUUGUAGACAAUAGUAAAUUGUUUGAAACAGAAAUGUUCAUGUCAAAUAUAUCAUCAUCUACUGGGAAUUUUAGUCAAUUACCAUUAUAUAAAGAAAAUGAUAUUGAACAGAAUUCAAAUAGACUCAUACAAACAUCAGCUGAAACUAAUGAAUUAUUAAUGAAUUUCAAUUUAUCAAAUAAAUCACAUUCCAUUGAUGAGACUAACACAAAGAUUCAAUCGUAUUCACAAUCAUUAACCACAUCGAAACAACCAAUAUAUUCUCAUUUAACUUUAAUCUGGAUUAUAAUGGCUGGAUCAAUGUUAUUUUUACUCAACACGUUAAUAUUUAUAGCAAUCUAUUAUCAAACACAUCAAUUGAGGAAAAACAAUCUAUAUCAACAAUCUAAAUCCAGUAGAAACAAAUCUACAAUCAUUCAAGGAACAGAACCAAUUUCAAGAAUCAAGCGAAAACCUAUAUCUAAUUUCCGCGCAUCAAAUAAAAAUCAAUCGUGGCAAACAGAUCAUAUGGAUGGAGUUUUAAAUGACAGUGAAAUUAUUAUUAAUAAUGCAAAAAACAAUCAUAGUCAAAAGAUUAGUUUGAAAAAACAAAAAACUCUGAAUCAUCAUGAUAUGAACAAUGAUGAUGCUCACAAUAGCUACGAGAAUAUCAUUGAUAAUGGCAAUAUUAUCACAUUAAUUGAUGGAAAACGUUUAACUGGUUUAAAUCUAUAUCUGCCAUCGUCUAAUUUGAAUCCAGUGAUAGUUUAUUAUGGUGUACGAUAUGCAUCACUCGGUGUACCACCACAUACUCAUCAUGAUCAUGAUCAAUUAUUAUCUAAAACGACUACUACUACUACAACAACCAGUACUAAUUAUAGCAGUACAUUUAAAUCCAAUAAUGAUAAUAUAAAAAUGCCUGCAAUGCAUCGUUUUAGUCAUUCAGUGGCAUCAUUUUUCUAUGAAUCUCCAAUUGGUGUUUAUUCACACAGUGUACUUCCACCAGUCUGUCCACAACCAUCAUUACAUAUUGAUUUAAAAGAUAAGAAUAUACCGAAACAGGUGAAAGAUCGAUUAAUUCGGUUGUUACCAUUUUUAAGAAAUCAAGAUGAAGAUUGUUUAACAUUGAAUAUUUAUGUACCACAAUCUGAUAAAAAACAAAAGCCUAACAGAAAACGUCCAGUUUUUCUAUUUAUUCAUGGUGAAUCAUAUGAAUAUGGAAGUGGCUAUGCAUAUGAUUUAUCUGUAUUGGUUAGUUAUAGUGAUACAAUUGGCAUUACAUUGAAUUAUCGAUUAGGAUUAUUAGGUUUUCUUUUCACCAAUAAUCAUGCAGUCAGUGGAAAUUAUGCACUUUAUGAUUUACAUGCUGCUAUCAUGUGGAUUAAAACAAACAUUGCAAGUUUCAAUGGUAAUCCAAAUGAAAUCACACUGAUUGGUUAUGGUCAUGGAGCAGCUUUAUUACAUUUAUUUUCUUUAUCAAAAAUGUCUCAAGGUACAACUAGUACUGGAAUUAAACGUAUCAUACUACUUAAUGGAUCUGGAUUCGCACCAUGGUCAACAUCACAUCAAACAUUAUCAAUUUUAACCGAAUUAUUAAAACACUUGAAUAUAACUGAACAAAAUUUAAAAAAUGCCACUUCCCUAAAUGAAAUUAAACAUCAACAACAUCAUAACACUGACUAUUUAAAAAGACAUAAAUCAUUGUUUGCACAAACUGAUUAUUCAAAUUCAUUGGAAACAUUGAAUGAUUCAAAGGUUACUAAUAAUGUUGUUAAUUUAACAAGAAAUAAUAUGCCAUUACAAUUAAUGAAGCAAUUAGUUUUGAUUUUGAAAAAUUCCACUGUUACAUUUUUAAUGAAUUUACAAGAAAAAUUAACUCAAUCAUUUAUAACAACACGUUUAGGACCGGUAAUAUCGAAAUAUUUAUUUCCAAGCUAUUUAUUGAAUAAUAGUUUAAUUAAACAAACAGAAUCUGUUCAUCGUUAUCGUAAAGAGCGACAACAACAUCAAUGGUAUGAAAAAAAGUAUUCACAUAUUUUCGGUAAAUCCAAUGAAUUGAAUGGUCGAAUGUUAGCUCAUCAUGUAGAGACAAGUUUAUUUAUGAAUGUUGAUUUAUUGAUUGGAUGGACUGAAGCACCAGCAUCUAGCUUAUACUACUCACAUGCUAAUCUACAUAAAAUGCCUUACAAUUUAGUGAUACAACAAUUGGUCAAUGAAAUAUAUCCUUAUAAUCAAGAUGUAAUUAAAGAAAUUAUUGAAUAUGCUUAUUGUUAUUCUGGGAAAUUUCAUUUUGAUGACAAUAAGAAUGAUAAUGAUGUUAGUGAUAAUUCAGAAAAACAAUUCAAGGAGAUUGACUGUAAUUGGAAAAUUCUAGGUAUAUUAUCCGAUGGAUUAUACAUUGUACCAAUUAUACAAACAUUGAAAAUGCAUAGUGAUCAUAACACAAAUCAAGAGAUUGACAAACAACUGCAGCAUCCUUCAUCAUCAUCAUCAUCCUCAUCAUUGCCUUCACUACUAUUCACAACAGAUCAUCCAUCAACAACUCGUUCAAAAGAACAAAUUAACAAUAAUAAUAAUAGUAAAAACAGAAAAUCAACUUAUGCAUUAUUUUUCAAUUAUAAAACAAUUCAACAAAUGACAACUAAUAGAAAUACUACUGACAAACAAUUACAUAUGAGUAGAAUUGGUUUCGGUGAUGAUUUACCAUAUUUACUCGGUGCACCAUUGAUCAGUCCAAAUCAAUUAGAACCAUUCUCUAAUGAAUAUACUGAAAGGGAUAAAAAAAUUUCUGUUAAUUUAAUGAAUUAUUUAACAAAUUUUAUGCAUAACGGUGAUCCAAACAAAGAAUUUAUUGGUUAUAGAAAUAAAAAGACACCAGUUCAUUGGCCGGAAUACACUUAUGAUUCGAAGAAUUAUUUAUAUGUUGGUGAUGAUUCUCGAAACAAACAAUCAAUGCAUCCAAUCAAAAACCAAAUUCGUAAUCUAUGGGGAAAUAAAGAAAAUGAACAAGAUUUAUUUACAAUUAAACAACUUUAUGAAACUGAUAAACAUAAACUAUGGUCUACAUUAUUUCCAAGUUUAACAUUCAUGAAUAAAAAACCAAAACAGUACAGUAAAUUGAAUCAGAAUGAAAAGAUUAUUGAAAAGUAUCCUAGUAAACAACGAUCGUUUAAUAACUAUUUUUAUUUUCUACAAUUAAACGAAACCGAUUGGUGGUGGUCAAAUGGACAAAUGAACAAAAUGCAAACUAUGUCAAAUUUAUUUCUAAAUAAUAAUAAUAAUAAUAAUAAUCAAAAUAUAGAAAAUUUAUUAAAUAUUGUAGACAAUAGUAAAUUGUUUGAAACAGAAAUGUUCAUGUCAAAUAUAUCAUCAUCUACUGGGAAUUUUAGUCAAUUACCAUUAUAUAGAGAAAAUGAUAUUGAACAGAAUUCAAAUAGACUCAUACAAACAUCAGCUGAAACUAAUGAAUUAUUAAUGAAUUUCAAUUUAUCAAAUAAAUCACAUUCCAUUGAUGAGACUAACACAAAGAUUCAAUCGUAUUCACAAUCAUUAACCACAUCGAAACAACCAAUAUAUUCUCAUUUAACUUUAAUCUGGAUUAUAAUGGCUGGAUCAAUGUUAUUUUUACUCAACACGUUAAUAUUUAUAGCAAUCUAUUAUCAAACACAUCAAUUGAGGAAAAACAAUCUAUAUCAACAAUCUAAAUCCAGUAGAAACAAAUCUACAAUCAUUCAAGGAACAGAACCAAUUUCAAGAAUCAAGCGAAAACCUAUAUCUAAUUUCCGCGCAUCAAAUAAAAAUCAAUCGUGGCAAACAGAUCAUAUGGAUGGAGACGUAAGCAAUACUUUAUGCAAUGUAACUAUAUCUUCAUCAAACUCUACGUCAUUGGCGCCAAAUUGUUAUGCAUUCAAUGAUUUAUCAUCUUAUUCAUUACACAAACCACAACAUUCAACAUUGAAUACUACUGGUCGUAAUCAGAUUACUUCUAUGCUGUAUGAAAUACCGACUGUCACAUUGAAUCAUUACAAUUCUCACCAGUGAUAGAUAGAUAGAUAAUACAAUAAUAAAUAGCAAAUAAUAAGCAUUAUGACAAACAUUACAUGACAUGAAUUCAUGGAAUAUCGAUUCACCAACACAUUGAUUGAACAAAAAAUACACACAACAAAUUCAUUUGAAAUAAAACACAUUCAAGCGAUCCAAUCAAACCAUACAAUUGAUUGUGUAUUGAAGCAUAUAUAUAUAUAUAUAUAUACAUAUGACUUAACUGAUUAUUAUUCAAAUUUUA